AUGGCACCGUCAACGUUGGUGGUAGACACAAACUUCCUUAUAAGCAACCUAGAUCUUGUAGAACAACUCGUGGAGAUUCACGCUGAGUUUUCUCAUGUUGUCGUGAUACCCGGUACUGUUUUGGAGGAAUUGGACGGCCUCAAAAGUGGAACCAAGCAGACCUCCAGAAAAGCUCGGGAGGUGAUACACUACAUUCACAAAAAACUGGCAGAAACGAAUCCUGGCAUCCGUGGCCAAAGACUUUCAGAAUUUGUGCAGUCGAACCUGAAAGGCGACGACUCAAUUCUCGAUUGCUGUAGGUUUUUUUCAGCACGAAGUUUUACUGUACUCUGUUCUAAUGAUCGGAAUCUUUGUGCGAAGGCGCUCACCAAUGAGAUCAAAACAGUUUCGUUUGUACAGGGCAUGACUGCAACACUUAUAGCAGUACAUGUGGCUGUCGCGGCCGGCCUGAUGACGCCUGAAAUUGGCGAGCAGUUUCUUUCACGAGAGCCCGCAUUCAACAAACCUUCAACGCACGAAAGCCAUGAUCCACCCCCCGACGGUGAUCUUGACAUGGCGGAUAUAUCCGAAUCCGCACAGCAACCAGAAACAAUGCCAAAACCUCUAGAAUUACCGCAGGACGAGUAUUCUAGUAUAUCUUCGAUGGAGCGCGACGUGAUUAAAACUCUUUUCGAGAGCAUUAUUGCAUUAAUUGAAUACGCCAUGCACCAGGCCUACAGUAAAGAAGAGCUGGUUUAUUUCCAGUACAAGAAGCCAGAGCCCACAGGCAAGAGCAUAGCCCAAGUCUUCGACAAAUUCCAGAUCGCGGUGUUCAGCGAGUAUUUCCCGCGGCGGGUUUAUACAGAGAUACAAGAAGCUAUCAAGCAGCCUACUUCGAAUUUUAACAAGGCCGGGUUCGAUAAAUUCAUCGACCUGUGGGGGGGAGUCAUGUUACAUCUGUCCAAAAACGAUCCUAGCUACCGUAAUGCACUGAACUCGCUCAAAGCCGUAGUUGAUCGUUUUUAUAUGUAA